AUGCUCAUGCAACGAACACAUUGCUUUCUGGGCAGCAUCUGCCAUGGAACAAGGUUCAUUUCAAAAUAUUUAUUUUCUACGUUGAAAUCAUCAUUUCAUAAUGCAAACCAACACCAUCACCACUCGACUCGGCAACUACGAUUCUAUUCAAAAGUGCAUCGUUCUCAUCCCAUUCCUGAAAUUACUUUUAAAACUAUUCAACCCGAUCAAGUAUCAAGUUUAUCAUCAUCACAACAUUCACCUCCACCACUCAUCAUUUUACAUGGUCUUUUUGGAUCCUAUUUAAAUUUUUCUACUUUUGCAAGACAUUACAGUUCCAAAUUUCACACUCGUGUUUAUUUAGUGAAUUUAAGAAAUCAUUCAGAUCCUCAAAAUCAUUCUCCAGAAAUGAGUUUUGCAUUGAUGGCUUCUGAUUUGGUUCAAUUCCUUCAAAAACAAGAAAUUUCAGAAUUUGAUUUAUUUGGAUUUAGUUUGGGCGGUAAAACGGCCAUGACCGCUUGUUUGGGUGAUGAAUUUAAACAACUAGUUGCACAUCGCGUGAGAAAAUUAGUAGUGGGUGAUAUUAGUCCACUUCCAUUGAGAGAUGGUGAAUGGGAUAUUCCACAUGUGGUUCGUGCACUUAUUCUUUUAGAUGAACAAUUACCAGAAAUGAAAAGUCGAAAUGAAGCAGAUGCAUUUCUUCAACAAUAUAUACCCAAUAUAGAAGUGUAUUUGAUUGGAAAUUUAAUGUAA